CUCCUGCCGUGUCCGUGUACUCUAAAACGUCAAGAUAAUUGUAUGGUAACCUAAAAUCGUCUAAAGAAAGUUUACAAGAUACGAAUUUAAUCAAUCUACCCUAAAAACAAGUCAAUUUUCCCCAAAACUAUCAGAAUAAAUGUAAUACAAUGGCUACGUCAUCAAAGUACAAUGCAAACACAGUUUGUUGCCCAGAACAUCCAGAAGCUACCUUGAUAGAAGACUACAGGGCAGGUGACCAGAUUUGCUCUGAUUGUGGAUUAGUCGUUGGUGACAGGGUGAUUGACGUGGGUUCAGAGUGGCGCACAUUCAGCAAUGAAAAGAGUGGUGUUGAUCCGUCUCGUGUCGGUGGUCCCGAAAAUCCCCUCCUUGGUGGAUCUGACUUAACGACCAUGAUAGGUCCUGGCCGUGGAGAUGCCUCUUUUGAUGGAUUCGGAGUGUCCAGAUAUCAAAAUCGUAGGACAAUGAGUAGCUCUGAUCGGGCACUUGUGAAUGCUUUUAAAGAAAUUGGUGGUAUGGCUGACAGGAUAAAUCUGCCGAGGACAAUUGUCGAUCGAGCAAAUAAUCUGUUUAAACAGGUGCAUGAUAGUAAAAACUUGAAAGGUCGAUCCAAUGAUGCCAUCGCUUCAGCUUGUUUGUACAUUGCCUGCAGGCAAGAGGGCGUACCUCGUACUUUUAAAGAAAUUUGCGCUGUCAGUAAAAUCAGCAAGAAGGAAAUCGGACGUUGCUUUAAAUUGAUUUUAAAGGCAUUGGAUACGUCGGUCGAUUUGAUUACCACAGGCGAUUUCAUGUCGCGAUUUUGUUCUAAUUUGGGAUUGCCUAACAUGGUGCAACGGGCGGCGACACAUAUUGCCGGAAAGGCGGUUGAGUUGGAUAUUGUCCCCGGUCGCUCUCCAAUAUCUGUUGCGGCUGCUGCAAUUUACAUGGCUUCACAGGCAUCAGAGGAUAAACGCAGCCAAAAGGAAAUUGGCGAUAUCGCUGGCGCCGCCGACGUGACUAUACGACAGUCUUACAAAUUGAUGUACCCGCACGCCGCGCAGCUCUUUCCACCUGACUUCAAGUUCGCUACGGCUAUCGAACAAUUGCCCCAAAUGUAACCCUACAUGCACUAUUACAAAUGAAUAUUUAGUUAAUUUCUUCCGUCGGGAAGUGAGGAAUUACGAGGAGCCGUAUCUGUAGCUGCGUGCACCAGCGAUCAUCCUUUAGCUGAUAAUUCAAGUUUAAUUCCGUACACCGUGGGUCUACUCUUAUGGUUAAUUCGCUAAUUUCCAAUUUUAAAAUAGAUACUAUCGCUACCUAAACUAAGCAAAAGAUUUAGGCGCACGUGUAGAGCGGCAUAGAAUGGUUUCCAAUAUUUUUGUAAGUUUAUAUUUAGACGAGUAUGUAAGACAUUGUACACAUUUAUUAAAAUAUGAUGAUCAUAUUGAAAUAGGAUAA